AUGAGUGGUGGAGAGCAUUUGUCGGAGAGUUCCGGAAGUAGGGUCCAUACGCCCCCGGCACUCGAGAACCGUUCGAAGGAUAAGAAACUGCUCUACUUUCUUUUAACCAUCAUAAUGAUCACGCUUAUCGCUAUGCUGGUGUUCUUUUCCAGUUUUCUCACGUAUGUCAGCGGACUGAGCGCCACUUCAAACAACGUUUUACAGCAUCAGCAAGGGUAUAUCCAAGAAGCUUGCUUAGAAAGUCAUUCGCUAUAUCGCAACGAGAAUGCUAGAAAGGCAUCACGGAAACUGUACGAGCUGCUUUGCGAUUUUGGUGACGCGAUCUACGAUGAGGACAACAUGAUUCUAGGCAGUACAAAGAUGUAUCCCAACACCUAUUCGAAGCAGCCCUACGUUUCCAACGGAUACAUCGGAUCGAGAAUCCCGAAUGUUGGGUUUGGCUACGCGCUGGAUGCGCUAAAUCUUUGGACCAACUCUGGCGAGGAGAUUCCAGGAGCGCUGGAUAACGGUUGGCCUUUGAGGAAUAGAAGAUAUGCUGGAGCGUUUGUGUCGGACUUCUAUUGUUUGCAAAAAAAAUUGAACUCGACAAACUUUCCAGAGCUGGACGAUAAGGGUUACAGUACAGUCAUAUCUGUUAUACCACAGUGGACGAAUUUGCAGUUUUCUAUUAAUGAUUCGAUAUGGUUCAAUCCUCAAAAUGUCACGGUCAAUGACGUUACAAAUUACAACCAGAAUUUAUCGAUGCGCAAUGGAGUCGUUACCACACAGCUCGAUUGGCUAAAAGGCAUGCUUAAUGUGAAGAGCGAAGUGGCUACUCAUAAAAAAAUCUAUUCUCUGGGUAUGGUUUCUUUGGAAAUUUCGUUAAAUUUAGAUAGGCUGCCUUCUGAAGUUCCGCACAUUGAUCUGAAUGUUUAUGACUUCCUGGACUUUGGCACUUCUCAGAGAACCGUGUUGCAAGAUCUAGGGUUUGACAAAAAUAAUAAUGGAAUUUACAUGAUCGUGGAACCGGAAAAUGUGCCUGAAUCAAAUGCCGCCAUUUUCUCCACUUGCACUAUACAAGAUCCCGCAGGCUCCAAUAUCUCCACUUUUGAUUGGGCACAGGAGUACUCGAAUGAUGAACGGGUUGCUCAGUCUUCUCAUGUCAGAUUAACAAGAGAUUCACCAAAGGCCGUUGUUAGAAAAUACGUUGGUAUCAUGUCAAGUGAGUUUAAUAAGAAUGGUGCCAGUGAUGUCUCAAACAUUGAAUUUGCCACGACCAUAGCUACUGCCAGUCGUGGGAGAUUUGAAGAGCUAAUCUCUUCCAACACCGAAGCCUGGGAAAGGAUAUAUAAUGAUGCAUUCAUUGAAAUUCCAUCAGAUGCACUGCUAGAAAUGGCAGCGAGAUCUUCAUUAUUUCAUCUGUUGGCCAAUACAAGAACUUUUAACGUAUCAGAUGAAAGAGGUUUACCUGUCGGAGUUUCAGGCUUGUCCUCAGAUUCCUACGGUGGAAUGGUCUUUUGGGAUGCUGAUAUCUGGAUACAGCCGGCAUUAUUACCUUUUUUCCCGAACAUUGCAAAAAAUAUCAACAACUAUAGGAAUGCCACCCAUCAGCAAGCUCGUGAAAAUGCCAAACUAAAUGGCUACCCGGGAGCUGUGUAUCCCUGGACUUCCGGAAGAUACGCUAAUUGUACUUCAACAGGACCCUGUAUUGAUUACGAAUACCACGUUAAUGUUGACAUCGCUUUAGCGUCUUUCUCCAUUUAUAUGAAUGGUGCCCAAGGUGUUGAUGAGGAUUAUCUGCGUUAUACCACUUGGCCCAUGGUUAAAGAUGCCGCUGAUUUUUUUACUGCAUACGUUAAGUUCAACGAGACUCUGGGGAAGUAUGAAACUUACAACCUAACGGAUCCUGAUGAGUUUGCCAAUCACAUCAAUAAUGGUGCUUUUACCAACGCUGGUAUUAAGACCAUGUUGAAGUGGGCUACGGAUAUAGGUAACCACCUAGGCGAAUAUGUUGAUCCAAAAUGGAUGGAUAUCUCAAAAAGAAUUUACAUUCCAAGAUCAUGUUCGAAUAUAACACUCGAAUAUUCCGGAAUGAACAGUUCAAUACAAAUCAAGCAAGCAGAUGUUCCUUUGAUGGUUUAUCCCCUGGGUUACAUCACUGAUGAAUCUAUCUUGAACAACGCCAUAAAGGACCUAUAUUACUACUCUGAGCGUCAAUCCGCUACAGGUCCCGCAAUGACUUAUCCCGUGUUUGUUGCUGCAGCCGCAGGUAUGCUUAAUCAUGGUUCCUCUUCUCAAAGUUACCUUUACAAAUCGAUUCUGCCCUAUUUGAGAGGACCGUUUGCUCAAUUUAGUGAACAAUCAGAUGAUAAUUUCCUGACUAAUGGUCUGACGCAGCCAGCAUUUCCCUUUCUUACCGCGAAUGGCGGCUUUUUACAGGCUAUUUUAUUUGGUCUUACCGGUUUGAGAUAUUCAUAUGAGGUCGAUGAAACCACCAAAAAAAUCAGUCGUUUACUGCGUUUUAGCCCUAUUGAAAUGCCUUUACUGCCUGGAGGAAUUGCCAUCAGAAACUUCAAGUACAUGGGCCAGGUGCUCGAUAUUAUUAUAGAUGAUCACAACGGAACCAUCGUUCAUAAGUCUGGCGACGCCGAUAUUAAAGUUAAAGUGCCUGAUAGAAGUUUGAUACGUGAUAGAGAUAUCACAAGGUAUGAGGGCCCAAACACUACCCACCAUAAAGAUUGUUUCAAUGACUAUAGUGAAGAGGGCGGUGGCGAUAAGCCUGUGAGCGCAUUUGGUACUUAUUACACCAUCAAGCCCGGUCAAGAACUGGUUCUGCCUCUCUUCCGUCCCGCUCUUAAUGUGCCAGGUAAUAUUGUGGAGAGUAAACAAGUAACUAAUCUAACCGCUGGGGUUCCUGGUGACGUUCCAUUUUCGGCUCUGGAUGGCAAUAAUUAUACUCAUUGGCAGCCGGCUAAUAAGUACAAAACGGCGAAACUACUGAUUGAUCUCGGAGAGAAUAACUUUCAAGAGAUUAAGAGCGGAAUCAUUCUCUGGGGUCAAAGACCUGCUCAAAAUUUGACCGUUGCCAUAUUGCCCCACGCAUCUGAAAUUGAAAGGCUUUUUAGCAAUCUAACGGAGGUUCUUGAGACAACUGAUGCGGAUCUGACAAAGGAGGAUGAGGAAAUCUCAGAAGUACUCGAGGAUGCCGGGGAAGAUAUUUCAGAGAUAGAGACCGACGCUUGUGACGAAGAUAUCGCAGCCAUUCUAAGCUGGAAAACAAAUGGUAUAGAAGGUUUCCUGGACAAUUUGAAAGAAUCGCACUUACUCAGUAAGCAUUUUGUAAGGAUCGUGGACAAUUUGCAAAUUGAGCCUUCUGAGCCAUAUUUUCAAGAGGUCUACAACAAAUCCCUGAUCGAACUACUCCCCAGUAAUAUUACUGAGUUUUACGUCGACUAUGAUUCCUUGCAGCUGAACAACAACCCGUGCUGUUUUGAAGAGAGCAUAAAUACCACAGAGUGGAGAAAGACGAGAUUUAUUCUAGUUAGCAUCCAAGGAAGUUAUGACGAUGACAUUGAUAUUAGAGGCGGUACUAUCAAAGAGAUUGUCUUGAAAAAUUAA